AUGAAUAUUCCAAUAGGGCUCAAUGCACGAGUAGCAACGUGCAUUCGGUCACAUUAUGACCGCAGCGAGUAUCCGCAGGCCAAGACAUCGAUCUGUCGCACCUCUGUGGGAGUCUUUACCCAAUCUAGUUGCACCAAGUCAUGUCCACGCCUAAAUAGUCCAGAUCUGAUCGCAUUUCAAACUCCUCAUCGCAUUUGCGAGGCCAUCAUCCUAGCCAUCCGCUUUGGUUAG